AUGGCUGAAGAGCAAGCACAACCUGUUACUCAAGCUACAUUUCAAGGCAAUAUUCCCCCACCUCCAAGACUUGAAUUAAAGGGAAAUCUUGCACAGAACUGGAAAAGAUGGAGACAAAUCUGGGACUCUUUUGAAGUUAUGGCCAGAAUUGAUGCAAAUGACCAUAAAUACAGACUUGCUUCAUUCAUAACCUACAUAGGUCCAGAAGCUCUUGAUAUCUAUAAUGGCUUACCUUAUGAGUCUGAGGAGGACAAGGAGAACAUGGAUACAGUGUUAACUCUCAUGGAAAGGCACUGUCUAGGUGAAACUAACGUCAUAUAUGAAAGAUACAUCUUCAACCAAAGAUCACAAGUGGAAGGUGAAUCUGUAGAUACCUACACAAACACUCUCAGAACAUUGGCUGCAUCUUGUGAUUUCAAAACGUUACAUGAUGAACUCAUCAGAGACCGAAUUGUGUGUGGUCUGAGAGAUAAUGCAACACGUAGAAAACUAUUGCAAGAACCUAAGCUGACUUUGAAGAGAUGUAUAGAUAUAUGCAGAGCAACUGAAUCAACCAUGGCUCAAGUAAAAGCAAUGUCAAGUGCCCAAGAGGAUAUCCAUGCUGUUCGCAAGAAAUCUAAAACUCCAUGCAGACGUCAACCCCCAGACAAAAGUAAACAUAGUAAGCCAGUAAAUGACUCACAACAGAAAACUCUCAUGUGGAACUGUAAAUAUUGUGGUAAACGUCACCCACCUCAACGAGAGCAUUGCCCAGCAUGUGGUGUCAAAUGCAGUAACUGUGGUAGAUUUUCACACUAUGCCUCCGUGUGCAAGAGUAAGAAGAAACAUUCCUCCCGAGUACACAGAGUCGAUGAUCAAUGUGAUGAAUCUGAUAUUGAUCCUACAGAGGAACUGAUGACUAUAGAUACCUGUGAAGAAUCUGUCAACUGUGUUGUAGGACAAUACCCUACUAAAAUCUUCACAACACUUGAAGUGAACUCUCAACCAGUACGAUUUCAGGUAGAUUGCGGGGCUACUCGUAAUGUUAUCUGUAAAAAGUAUCUCCCAGAGGAUACUGACAUGCAGGAAACGUCGGUUAACCUGAAGAUGUACAAUGGGUCCAAGCUUACUACAAUGGGAACUGCUAAUCUCCAUUUACACAAUCCAAAGAACUCUAAAAAGUAUCAUGGCAAGUUUGUUGUGAUUGCUGAGGACAGAACACCACUGAUUGGAUCCCGUUCUGCUCAACAAAUGAACUUUAUCAAAGUGCUCCACGAAAAUAUUCAUGAAGUUUCUGAAGAGAAACCUCCGUCUGAGAAAGUCACAUCCUCAACUGGUCUUACAAAAGAGGACAUACUGAAGACAUACCCAGACAUCUUUAGCGAUGAACUUGGAACUUUUGAAGGAACUCAAAAGCUAGAAAUUGAUCCAAGUAUAACGCCUGUCAAACAGCCACUCAGGAGAAUUCCACAUGCUCUCAAGCAAGACCUCAAGACAGAACUCGAACGUCUAGAAAAACGUGGUGUAAUUACUCCAGUUGAUACACCUAUAGACUGGGUCUCUAGUCUCUUGAUCGUUAAGAAGCCCUCAGGACGUCUACGCCUAUGCAUAGAUCCUAAACCUCUCAAUAAAGCUCUCAAAAGAUGUCACUAUCCAUUGCCUGUAAUGGAAGAUAUACUGCCAGAUAUUGCAGAAGCCAAGGUGUUCUCUAAAUGUGACUUGAAAGAUGGUUUCUGGCAUAUCGUACUUGAUGAGGACUCUAGUUAUCUCACAACCUUUGGAACGCCGUUUGGACGCUAUCGGUGGCUCAGACUUCCUUUUGGUGUUUCCCCUGCACCAGAGAUAUUCCAGCAGAGAAUCGAUCAGCUUCUCCAAGAUCUGCCUGGAGUAUUCAGGAUAGCAGAUGAUAUAUUGAUCAUUGGUGAAGGCUCUACCAAGGAAGAAGGAAUAGCAAACCAUGACAAACGGUUUGUGCAAUUCAUGAUACGAUGCCGAGAGAAAGGUAUUCGACUCAACUCAGACAAACUUGAUCUGAAAAGGUCAGAAGUCUCUUACAUUGGUCAUCUUCUAACAGAUCAUGGACUCAAACCUGACCCUAGAAAAGUGAAAGCAAUCCUUCAAAUGCCUACACCUACAGAUGUUCAAGGUGUCCAACGUGUGAUCGGGAUGGUUACAUAUCUAUCCAAGUUCCUCAGAGACUUGUCAGAUCUGUGCGAACCCAUACGACAAUUGACAAAGAAAGGAAUCCUUUGGAAUUGGACACACGAACAUGAUGCUGCUUUCGACUCUAUCAAGCGAGCUGUCACUCAAGCGCCUGUUCUCAAGUACUUCAACAGUCAUGAAGAAGUCUCUCUUCAAAGUGACGCAUCAGAAACAGGACUUGGAGCUACUCUACUUCAAGGUGGACAACCAGUAGCAUACGCUAGCAGAGCUCUUACUCCCACAGAAAGAAACUAUGCUCAAAUUGAGAAAGAGCUCCUGAGCAUCCUGUUUGGAUUCACUAGAUUCCACCAGUAUCUCUAUGGACGCAAAGUACAAGUCGAAAGUGACCAUAAGCCUUUAGAGACUAUACACAAGAAACCUCUGGUCACAGCUCCCAAGCGUCUUCAACGCAUGCUUCUCGCCUUGCAGAAGUAUGACUAUACCAUCACAUACAAGAAAGGCAAGGAAAUGUAUCUUGCCGACAGCCUGUCUCGUGCAUACAUGACAGAGACAGAAGAAGCUGUGGAUGUGGAGAUGGAAACAGAACAAAUCCACAUGUUAGACUACCUGCCUGUGUCUAAUGAAAGACUCACUGAAAUCCAACGUGCCACCGCUCUGGAUGAAACCCUCCAGGUUGUAGCCAAGAUGGUACAAGUAGGAUGGCCCGAGACAAAGAGUGACAUACCUAAUCUUGCAACACCAUAUUUCCAUGUGAGGGAUGAACUUAGUGUUCAAGAUGGAAUUCUGUUUCGUGGAAACAGAUGUGUUGUUCCAAUAGCAUUACGAUCUGACAUUCUCAAACGUCUACAUAAUGCUCACACUGGCAUAGAAUCAACCAGGCGAAGGGCCCGUGAAUGUGUUUAUUGGCCUAACAUGAAUGCUGAAAUCAAAGACUUCAUAUCCAAAUGUGAAGUUUGCCAGAUCUAUGAUUCCAAGCAAGCCAAGGAACCUCUGAUUCCUUAUGACACUCCAGACAGACCCUGGUCAAAGCUAGGUAUUGAUUUGUUCAACUGUAAUCAGAAAGACUAUGUAAUCCUAGUUGACUACUUCAGUGAUUUCUUUGAAGUAGAUAUGAUCACUGACAAAACAGGAAAACAAGUGAUCCAGAAACUCAAAAGUCAUUUGGCUAGACACGGAAUACCGGAUACCAUAAUCUCAGACAAUGGUCCACCGUUCAAUUCUCAGGACUUUGCUGAUCUCGCCAACAAGUAUGAGUUUACUCACAUAACAAGCUCACCAGCCUUCCCACAGUCGAAUGGUAAAGUCGAGUCUGCAGUAAAGUCAGCCAAGAGACUAAUCAAGAAAUGCUCAAAAGCAGGUUCUGACCCUUAUCUAGCCUUGUUAGACAUCCGCAACACACCAACUGAAGGAAUGUCUACAUCCCCUGCACAGCGCCUGUUCAAUCGCCGCACCAAGACUCUACUACCUACGACCAAACAGUUACUCCAACCAGCUGUUUGUCCAACAGUCAAAUCUGAAAAGAGGAAGAAAGUAGAGAGUCAAGUGAAGUAUUUCAACAGACAUGCAAAAGACCUGUUGCCAUUGUAUGAAGGCGACCAAGUGCGCAUUCAACCAAUCAGACUAGGUGAUCAUGAAUGGAAAAAAGGCACAGUAAACAAACAAGUUAACAUCAGAUCAUAUGAAGUUAACCUUGAUGAUGGUCAAACACUAAGGAGAAAUAGACGUCACUUGAGACCAGUACCAUUUACACCUCAUGAACCAGAACCAGCAUCUCAACAUGCUCAAGCACCAGCAAUUAUACAAGCACCAGAGCCAGGUACAGACCAGCCACUGAAACAACCGUCUCCCAAGAAAGUUAAACAGUCACAGACACAGCCAUUGGUGACAACAACAAGUAACAACAACUCAUCACCGAGAAUCACGAGAAGUGGUAGAGUUUCAAGACCACCUGCACACUUGAAAGACUUUAACAUGAAAGUGUGA